AUGGAUUCUAAUUUUGAAGACUGUUUGAAAGAGAAAUUGGGCAAGAACAAAGAGAUCAUCAAGAAGUUGAAUGAAAUUCGGUCAACAAUGAAGACACAUCACAUGGUUUGUAACGGGUUCAAGACAGCCGGUACAGGUGUCAGUGCUGCCGGCACUGUAAUAUUGACCGUCUCAAUACUAGCCAUUCCCCUAACCGGAGGGCUUUCACUAUUGGGAGGCGGGUGGGGACAUAAUAUCCCUCAAGAUGAAGCAAUUUUACGUGUCUUCCAUGGUAUAGCCAAAGGAACCGUAAAUCGAUUGAAAAAUCCAAAGAAGUUGAUAAUGACGACCUUGGUAACACUAGCUAUAGCUAAAGUAACAUUUAAGGAAAUAACUAAAGUCUACGUGAAUGGAGUGCUUGUAUCAACAUCGGUUAGGACAUUCGCACAAGUUGCCAAGUUCAUUGGCAAAGCCACAGUUGUGUUAUCGGUGUUGACCACCGCUGCCGAUAUUGGAUUCCUCAUAAGGGAUUGGGUCUCAACUCAUCCAUCAAUUAAAAUGAUUGAUGACCUCAAAAGACAAAUAAACGAUGAGAGCAAAUCACUCGAAGCGAUGUAUAAUCUUAUCGAACAACUAAAGGAUAGCAAAGAAGUGGCCAAAAAGGGUACCAGCAGUAUUAGCACUGUAAGUGUGACCGCAACAACUUCUGGGAACAAAAGCACAAGUGCAUCAGGAAAAGGAAGUGAAGGAACAGGUUCGACGGGAGUAAAUGGUGGCAAUGGUGGAGAUGAUGAAAGAGGGUCAAGUUGGAAAAAUCCGGGGUAUGAUGGUGACCCGACAUAUGAAAAUAAGAUUUCUACAUCAAAUGCGCGACUAAUCCAAGUCCGGAGACAACGGGCUGAGAUUGAAAAAAUGCUUUCACAGAAUGGCGUCGAAAACCCGAGAAGACUCUUGCGAGAAAUAACGGAAUAUGCCAGAGAACUUAACGACAUUGUCCAUAGUUCAGUGCAUUUUCCUAACCUGCAAAAUGAAAGUCAACGAGAACGAGAUGAAACCGAAAAUCAAUACUUUUACAAUGUUAACGUUGCUGAAACUUUGGGUUGGUCUCAAUCAGACAUACCGAGGAUACCCAGCGAUAGCCCUACACACGAUGAAUAUUAUCGGAACAACAAUGUUAUUUGCGUUAUCCAAGACACGGACGGUCAAAAUCAUCGCGGAUAUAGUUUAAGACUCGCUCGGGCUCUGGGAGAAAUUCGACGUCAAGUUACUCUAAACAUGGAUAAAAUGGAAAUUCCUCUUGACUUUGAUGAUGAAUUUGACGACCAAUCUGAGUAA